AUGGUUCUAUGGGGCACAAAGUUGACAAACGACCACGACGAUUCAGACGAAGGUUCUGAGGACUUGGAUGACUCGGAGGAGGACACACGGCGUAGAGUUCGGGAAGACCUAUGGCAACACUUUCGCAUGCACGUUUGGUCCAGAUGUCACAGGGAAACAAACGAUGGCGGUGUGAAGGAAAAACUUUACAUGUAUACUUUGUAUGCUGCGAUCAUUGACGCUGAGUGA